AUGAGUGAAGAAAAGAAGUUCGAUAAUAAGAAGCAAACAAUGAAAGAUGAGGCCAUGCCUACAUUUUUCAAUGUCAAUAAGAAGAAAGAAAAUGGAAAAGGAAAGGAAGUCCCUAAAAAUGGGAAAGAAACUUCUAGAAAUCCCUCUUUAAAAGAAAGAAAGGAAGUGAAGUACACUUUCAAAGAUGAUGAUGUGGAAGAAAUUUUCAACUCAUUGCUAAAGGCUAAGGCAAUAAAAUUACCAGAGCCUAUGCAACUGUAUGAGGUUAACAAGACCGAUGAUCUAAAAUUUUGUCAGUACCAUUGGAUUUUGAGUCAUUCUUUGCAGGAUUUUUAUGUCCUUAAGAAUAGUAUUCAAGCAAUGGUGAAUAAGGGAUACAUUGAAAUACAAGAGUCCUCCACUGCUACCAUUUCAAAAAAUAUUUUCCUAGUUGAAAACGAGCCUAUCCCCACUGUCAUGCUACCAAAGGGGGCAAUCCGAGUUGCUUUUGUUGUCAACGGUGAGGUUACCUAUCGAGAUGAGUGGCAAACACAUGUCAGCAAGAGGACAAAUACUUUAUCCCCAAGUCUCAAAUCUUCAGGCCGCCCAGGAAUAAUGUUUCAAGGGAAAAAGGUGCAUAAGAAAAACAAGAAAAUGAAUAAGAAGACUCAAAAGAAAACUCAAGUCCAUUUGGAGGAUGAGUACGUCCAGCCUAAGAGGGUACCAAUUACUCUUGAAGAGUAUUUACCCACUGAAUUCUUCAAAGAGGAAAAUGUUGAAGAAUAA